GGACACCAGACAGGACACCAGAGAGGACACCAGCUGGAGCAGAGAGGACACCAGAGAGGAAACCAGCGCGCUGCUGCGCUGCGCCCAGAGGACCUCUUGCGUCUCAGCCUCCUACUUGAGGACAGAUGGAUCUGACGCCGGAGCGCAUCAACAGCGGCACAUUUUGACUUUUUCUUUCCUCCCAUGAAGACGGAUGAUCACUUAUCUCUCUGUCAUUAUUAUUCUUCUCCGUCAUGACCACAGUCCCAAUGGAUAUCUACUCCUCCACGUUAUCUCAAGCGGUGGACAUCGGAGCAGGGUGUUAUCUGCUGCUUGUAGCUGUUCUCUCCAUCAUGGGAAACCUGCUGGUCCUCAUCAUGGCAGUCAAAAGGUCAUCAAGGAUGAAACCGCCGGAGCUGCUGAGCGUGAAUUUGGCAGUGACAGACCUGGGAGCAGCUGUUUCCAUGUAUCCCCUGGCUGUGGCCUCUGCCUGGAGCCACCACUGGCUCGGGGGAGAUGUUACCUGUGUGUAUUACGGCUUUGCAGGGUUCUUCUUCGGCCUCGCCAGCAUCAUGAACCUGACCAUCUUGGCCAUUGUGCGCUUCAUUGUGUCCCUCAAUUUGCAGUCACCCAAAGAAAAGAUCAGCUGGAGGAAGGUGAAGAUGCUGUGCAUGUGGACGUGGCUGUACGCUCUGAUCUGGUCUGUGUUCCCCAUCCUGGGCUGGGGGCGCUAUGGCCCGGAGCCCUACGGCCUGUCCUGCUCUCUUGCCUGGGGACAAAUGAAACAUGAGGGCUUUUCUUUCGUCAUCUCCAUGUUCAUCUUUAACCUCCUCAUGCCUUGUGUCAUCAUCUCCGGCUGUUACUUUGGCAUCGCCAUCAAACUCUAUUUCACCUACAAAAAGUCGAUGAACAACAGCAGCCGAGUCCCCAAUAUUAUCAAGCUCCAUCGAAGGCUUUUAGUGAUCGCUGUGCUCACCAGCUUAGGCUUCAUGGUCUGCUGGUCGCCCUACUCCAUGGUAAGCCUGUGGUCUAUUUUCGGUGACAGUAGCACCAUCCCACCUGAAGUCAGUCUACUGCCGUGCAUGUUUGCAAAGAGCUCCACCGUAUACAAUCCUAUGAUCUACUACAUCUUCAGCCAAAGCUUCAAAAGGGAGGUAAAGCAGCUGUGGCUGUGCCCCGGCUCUAACCCGUGCCACGGGUUAACGUCCAACAGCAUCAACGACACCGGCAUGUAUACGGUUAGCGCAGACAUCAAGUCCAAAGCAGAAGUACUGUCGACUUUGCCGGAGAUCGCGGAGUGAAAGACAGAGAUUUUUUGGAUUGAAAGACAAGAACUUUGUAGUCUCAUAAUGUGUUAUCUCACAAACGUUACUGUACUUGCUUUGUAUUUUUUCCAGUACAAUGGUGUGUGCUAUUAUAACAUAACAAGCAGGGUAAUGCUGGCCUCUUUUGUGUGUGGCCACGAUGAAUGAGAGGGCAUGUUUGCACAAUAUGUUAAAUGCUGUGAAAAUUCAGCCAACUAAGCUAUAGAUAAGAGUUAACUGUGCUUACAGCUGACUAAAAAAACCCGAAACCGUUGUAGCCCUGAAAUAGAGGCCAACUCACUGUUGAGUAAUGAUGUGAACGAAGCAAGUGGCAGUCUCACGGGGACUAAAGAAAAAUAAUUUUAACACAUUACAAACCAAAGGUAUGACAAAAAAAAAAUUAUUUAGAGCACAGAUAAAGAGUAGGAAAAGAAGACAUGUUUACUUAAAUGCUUCAGGUUCAUUCUGUGAUAGAUGCUUGUUUGUUUGAAAAAUAACUUUUUGAUAAUUUUGUGAUAACAAAUCAGUAUUUUCCAGAAAAAAACAAGAAAAAAAUCACUUUCAGUUCAGGAAUAAUAUUUACCAACUAGCUACUGUACUGUAUGAGCUAAAUGUUCAUUAAGUGAAAACUGGAAGAUCAUGUUAGUCUGCCUCUAAAAAUGUUUACAAAAACAACACAUACUGUCCAUGUUUACUAUGUCUAAUGGAUGUAUGUUGGCUUCUCCUAUCGUUUCAUCAGAUAUUAUAUUUUAAGGAUAAGACUGUCAUUAAUAUUUCAUUAUUUUAUUACCAACAAAUUUGGAUCAAAACUAAAGAUUGUAUUUAUUCUACUAACAAGUAUCAACCGUAUCACGUAGUCGUCAUUAUCAGAUUGAGUUAGCUCAGUUACCAUCAACCUUGAUACUUUGAAGUGGAUGAGAAGUCCUAUGGUUGCUCAGAACUGUAGAAAGUUUCAACAUCUAUUUCUAUGGCAACUGGACAAACUUAGUCCGCCAAUGAGAACCGUGUGAUGCAGUUGAAGGUCCCAGAACAAACGAGUAAGUGGACCUUGAGCUUUGUCAGUAUCAAUGGAGUAUUAAGGCACAAAGAAAUAAGCUAUCUCAUGCUUUGUCUAUACAGUCAGUGCUUGUUAAUAGGAUAUUUCUCUUUUGGCCUUUCAUUGGAUUGGAUCUAUAAAAAAGAUCAAAUAAAGUUUUAUCCCUUUAAACCCUUUGCAACUUUGUGAACAUUCAGAACUAUGGAGAUAAAAGCUCUUUUAGAAAUCAGUGUGUAGCUGAUUUUCAUGUCACCAGGGUGUUAAAAACCAGUGUUUUGUUGCCUGAACCUAAAGAAGCCUUUUUGUUUGUGUUCAAAACGUGACGUUUCAUUCAGUUUUACAUGUUAGAACGUGUUGCUUUUAAGUUUUAUUUUCACAACGUAGUAGGCAUAGUAGGCCCCUAAUGACCCACUUCUAUGGUGCUUAUAGCGACUGAUAACGCCUAUUUAAUGGCCUGAUAACAGUCGAAUCGGGUCAAAUCAUGAUAUUCUACUGCCUGUAGUCACUGCUACAGAACAACAGCAUAUUAUUGUAUAUAAUUCAGACUAAAAAAGGAUUUCUGUGAUGAUAAUAACUUCAUGUCACAUACACGAGAACUACUCUCGCCUUGCUUUACACAAGGCAUAUUUUUUUCCUCAUAUAUUCACCUGCAAUCUCGCAAUUCCUGUUUCAAGCUUUCGCUUUCAUUGAGCUUGACUAAAUGUGUAGCCUUUUUUUUUUAUUGCAUCUUGUACUGCUGACUGUUGAAUUAUUUCUAAAAAAAUUGUGAAUGUAGAGCUAUGAACCUUGAGUUUAUUUGUGUGUGCAAUCCAUUGGUCAUGUUUGAAAAUAAACACUGACUGAA